AUGGAAACUCCGGCGAGAAUUCUCAGCCUCAACCUCCAGCUCUUCCCAAGAACGACACCGUCCGCCCUCGCUUUCUCUCCCAAACUCCACAGACCCGCGAAGCCCUCGCCUACAUUUCACACUCUCGCUCGAAACGGCGUCGUCAAAAGAACCCCCUUUUCUCUUUCGCUCGCUCAGCCGCACUCCUCGUUCUCCUUCAAUCCGAACCCCUUCAAAUCCCUCCCCCUUUCUCUCUCCUCCCCGUCGCCGUUCAGCAACUUCAACCACUCUCUCUCACCCUCAAACGACGGCGUUCCCAUCUGGAACCGGGCGUUCCACGGCGGCAUUAACGGAAAUGUGGGUUCUUUCGGGACCCACAACCGUGAAGUGACGGUGGUGUUGCUAGGCUGGCUCGGGGCCAAGACGAAGCACCUAAAGAGGUACGUGGAGUGGUACAACUCCAGAGGCAUUCACGCCGUGACCUUCGUCGUUGAUCCGAGGGAGGUUCUCUGGUUUGAUUUGAGCCGCCGGGUCGAAAAUCGGGUUUCGGACUUGGCCCGGGAUCUCGCUUCGUGGGUGGAGGAGGGCGGAGAAAGAUGCUUGCUUUUCCACACCUUCAGCAACACGGGUUGGUUUGUGUAUGGCGCCAUUCUUGAAAUUAUGCAGGGGAGGCAAGAUCUGAUGGAAAAGAUUAAAGGGUGUGUUGUUGAUUCAGGAGCAGCUGAACCGUUUAAUCCCAAGGUGUGGGCAGCAGGAUUUUCUGCAGCAAUUUUGAAGAAACGCAGCUCUUUAACAAGCUCUGCAGUUGAGGGCCUUGAGGCUAGAGAUUUAAAUGAGUCAGAAGAUGCGGCAAGCUUGUCAAAGCUGCAAGAAGACAAGCCUCCGCUAGUUGAAUCCGUGGUUCUGCUGGUAUUAGAGAAGCUGUUUUCGGUUCUUCUAAAGUUUCCUGAUGUGGAUAAGAGGUUAACGAAGGUAGUUUCUAUUCUUUCGGAAAACACUCCUUAUUGCCCGCAACUUUACCUAUAUAGCACUGCUGAUAAAGUCAUUCCACACCAGUCAGUCGAGUUGUUCAUGGCUGAGCAAAAGCGGAAUGGUAGAAUUGUAAGGUCCUUCAAUUUCGGCACAACACCUCAUGUGGAUCACUUCAGGAAUUUCCCCGACAUAUACUGUUCGGAGCUUGACAGUUUCUUGAAAGAUUGUUUGACUACGGUUAAGACGACGUGAACUCUGCAAAUGCAGAUUGUUGUGUAGAAGUCAUUCGAUUUAAAGAGCGGCUGGUGUGUUCUCAAUAGGAACACGUCCGAGGUUAUAAAUGUGUCGAUGAGUUUAGUUCUCACGCAGCAAAUGCCAAUAAUUUUGUAGUCUAUUAGUUCACAGCGAAAAUCCAUGUUAUCUAAUGCUUCUUUUGAACUUUUCAUAUCCUACUGCUUCAUAGCCUUCAUUCA